GGGGCCUGCAGGGAGGGGCCGCGCUCGGGCUGCAGCGAGGGCCAGGCUCCCAGGAUGUUCACCCCAAGCUCCCGGAACUCUGUGAGCCCCGUGCUGCUGCUGGUGCUGCUGGGCUGUGUCCUGUGUCCUCCAGCACAGGCCAACAAGAGCUCUGAGGACAUUCGCUGCAAGUGCAUCUGCCCCCCGUACCGCAACGUCAGCGGGCACAUCUACAACAAGAAUGUGUCCCAGAAGGACUGCAACUGUCUGCACGUGGUGGAGCCCAUGCCAGUGCCUGGGAAUGACGUGGAGGCCUAUUGCCUGCUCUGUGAGUGCAAGUACGAGGAGCGCAGCACCACCACCAUCAAGGUGAUCAUCAUCAUCUACCUGUCGGUGGUGGGGGCCCUGCUGCUCUACAUGGCGUUCCUGGUGCUCGUGGACCCCCUGAUCCGCAAGCCAGACCCCUACACCCAGCCCCUGCACAAUGAGGAGGACAGCGAGGACACUCACUCCCUGGCCGCAGUGCCCACCCUGGCUGGCGCCAGGGCCAACACGGUGCUGGAGCGGGUGGAGGGGGCGCAGCAGCGCUGGAAGCGGCAGGUGCAGGAGCAGAGGAAGACGGUGUUCGACCGGCACAAGAUGCUGAGCUAGGCCCUGCCAGGCCCUGCCGCACCAGGACACCCCGGCGUUGGAAUGGAACCUCCAGCCCUCCCUGAUCCACCGUCUCCAGAGGGAGCAGCAGCCCCAAAGGCUUCUCUGGUCGUGUCCCCUGCCCUUCCCCUGCGCAGCCACGGGGCCCCUGGGCUCUGGCUGCCACGGGACUCCAUCAGCCCACCCCAGCAGGGACAGGGGCUGGGAGCAGAGCGCUGAGAGCUGGCUGAGUCCUGCUGGGAUAAAAAUGGUGGGAGAGUUUUGAUGUGGGAUAAAUUAUGUGAUGUUUCUCCAGGGUGCAGCAGCCACCUCCUCCUCCAGUAUGCAUUGAUGGUCCUUGGGCAUUGUGGUGCUGAGCCACACAGGAACAGCACAGGAACAAAGGGGAGGGGGUUUCUGCCAGUGCACACUUCCACUUAUCCUGAUGUAAAUGGAGUCUGUCCAGGUUUACACCAGCAUAAUUGAGACUGCAGCUUGCUUCUGGGCAUGUGAAUAUCACAAAACCUGUUAGUACCUACAUCAGUAAGAGUCCAACAGGUAAAAAGCUGAUUUACAUUUCUAUCUUUUUGUGCUUUACCAGUAGAUAAAAACAUCCUGGGGUGAAAUUUCUUGAUAUUCUCCCACAGUGGGCAGCAGCAUUUGUGUCCAAGAGAACUAGGGCAAAGGCUUUCCUGGAGCACUGGAAACACCUUUCAGGGCCCUGGGAAGUGGACACUUGUGCCACUCAGAACACUCCAAGAGCUCUGACAGGACUUGGUCUGUGUGGAGGAAGCUGCAGUGAUUCUGCCAUGUGUAUUGAUCCCACUGAGAACAUCUGGAGUUUAUGGUGUAGCACCUCCAUAUUAAAUGCAAAGACCUAC